AUGGCCAAAUCCAAGAACUCGUCUCAACACAAUCAAGCCAAAAAGGCUCACAAGAACGGGAUCAAGAAGCCCAAGACCUUCAGAUAUCCAUCCCUCAAAGGCACGGAUCCCAAGUUUCGAAGAAAUCACAAACACGCCCUGCACGGAACAAUGAAGGCACUCAAGGAGGUGCGGGAAGGGAAGAGAGACGCUGCAUAA